AUGCAUGUGUCGCGCACGUCCUCAGUUUCCGAUGAGACCAACGACACAGAGUGUGACUGCAUUCAGAGAGCACAGGGCGGUCAUUGUGACACGAUCCUGGUCAGCUUUGGUUGUGACACUACUUGUGCCCUCGUGCACUCAGGUGAGACACAGAAGCGGCAGAUUGGACCCCAGGCUGUACUGCAGGACGACAACGCCUCGCCACAUCGCGCACGCAUCAUGGGAGACUUCCUGCAGCAGCGAGGACUGACCAUGGUAGACUGCGGCCCUCCCCCGUCCCCCGCCCACACCCAGAUAGACACACUGACCACCACCUACCGCAGUAUCGCCAACGGUACCUGCCAGACCGGAUACCUGGGCACGCCGGAAGAGACGAUCUUAAUCUGUGACGUCACUGGCGUCUGGGUGGGGCUGCUGCCCGUCUGUACAGCCGUGGACUGCGGGCCACCGACCAUUCCGGCACACUCGUCCUGUGACGUAGACAACACGACAUUCGGCAACAGCGCCACCUACAGUUGUCUGGCGGGCUACCAGCGACACUCCGGGGACUGGACUGUCACUUGUGACCACACAGGGACCUGGUCCGGAGACCUCAUCAUCUGUGUUGAAAAAGAUUGCGGCCCUCCCAGCGACCGUGACCUGAGUCAUGUGACCUACACCAACACCAUCUUCCAGUCACGUGCCCAUUACGAGUGUGACAUUGGACACGAGAAGGUGGACGGUGACGUUGAGCGCGAGUGUCAGGCUGAUGCUACUUGGAGCGCGCUAGCGUGUGGUGCCGCCCCUGUGUACUCGGGAGCUCGUCAGUGGUCGCUCAGCUCUUCAGUGCAGCUGGUUUACGGGGACCAGGUGUUCUAUGAGUGUUUCUACCAGGAGGAGGGGAGGGAAAAUCUGAGGUGGUCACUCACUUGUGACGUUGGAAGUCAGUGGACUGGAGAGCCGCCCGAGUGUGGAGCAUCAAGUCCAGUCAAACUGAAGACGUUUGUCCCAGAACCUCUGGAAGCCCCAGGCAGCUGGGCCGUGGGUUUUGCCAUCUUCGGCGUCCUCAUCUCUUUCAUCGUCCUCUUCAUCAUCAUGGACAUUACCACUCUGAAGAAACACUCCAAAUACAUGAAGGCCAACUGUAUCGCCUUCAGGAAGCUGUCUCUGAAGGCAUGGCGUCACAUCCGCACCACAAUGGCCGCCCUGAAGCGUCCCAAGCAACCACCAGGUGACCCCGCACGUGACCUAAUAGGAGAGGCCGUGGAGCACGGGGCCAUUAAGGCCCGGUCAGUGUCCAGCAUCUCGGCCAACCUGCCCGUUGUGGAGCAGACGACAGCUUGA